CAGGCAGAGUGAAAGAGGAGGAGAAAGCUAACAAAAACCAAAGAUGACUAGGUGAAACAAAAUGGAUCCAACCAAGCCCAGCCUUUCCUCAAAGGCACCACAUGUAAACAGCGGUGGGGGAAAUGAAUCACUGAUGGGAGAAGCACUGGUGCCGUGGCGAGACGGUGUGGACGGGGAGAGGCAGAGGGACGUGGAGACCAGAGAGCCAGACGGGGUCGAAGGGACGACAGCAGCUGCAGACAUAAACAUUCACCACAUGGGGUCAGCAGACAAACACAAGUUCAACACGCUUGGUUACCAGAGACGGACCAAGCAGAAGGUUGUGACUGACUUUGCAACAGUGACUAAGGGACCAUCUGCAGGAGCCAAACCCAGAGCUGCACUGAGACAGGUCCUGUUCAGCCAGGGAGUGUCUGAGAAAAACUCGCCGUCUGAGGAGCGAGGUCAGCUGGAUGUGCUGAAGCAGGAUCUGGGGACUUUCGCUGUGCCAGUCAGUCUGAAGUGGAGGUGGAGGGAGGAAAGUCAGGGAACGACGCUGGAGAAGAACUGGACAGAUAUAGUGGACUCUCAUUCGACCAUGUCUAAGAUGCAGAGACACCAGCAGGAGGCGCUGUGGGAGUUUGUCCACACUGAGCUCACCUACAUCAACAAGCUAAUUAUCAUCACAGAUCUGGUUAUCGCAGCUCUUCUCAACCUACACCAGCAUGGAUUUCUCCUGGAGGUUACCCCUGAGCUGCUGUUCUCCAACCUUCCCUCCAUCCUCAUCGCACACCAGCUGUUCUGGCAGGAGGUGAUUUAUCCCAUGUUACAUGAAGUCAGGAGGACAGGCAAGCCCUUUGACCCCAUGAGGCUAGAGGCCGGCUGCCUGCAGUUCCAUCAGCGCUUCUCUUCCUAUAAGCAUUACUGUUGGGAGGAGGAAAACAAUCUUGAGUUCACACGCAGGCAGAUGGAGAGCAACCAGCAUUUCCUCACUUUCGUCCAGUGGGUGGAGACUCACCCUCAGUGUGAGCGGAUGCGACUUGGGGACAUGCAGGCCAAACCCCAUCAGAGGAUCACAAAGUACCCUCUUCUCCUCAAGGCCGUGCUGAAAACUACCCAGGACCCUCAUGCAGAGCACACACUCAGAGGCAUGUUAUCCAGUGUUAACAGUUUUCUGGACAGUAUCAAUGACUACCUGAAGCUCAAAGAUGAGGAACUCGCUCUCACCAUCUCUGCUCAGAGGGUGGAGGGAUACGAGGUGGAGGGAAUAAAUGAUGAAAUCGACAAGCACGUCAGAGAGAUCUGCCACUUUGACCUAACGUGCCCCAUCAGAGGAGUAGGUCCUGAAGUUGUACGUAAGCUGCUGCUGGAGGACAACUUGAAGAUUCGGGGGAGAAAAGACAGCAAGCUGGAGGUGGUGGCUCUGCUUUUCUCAGAUGUGCUUCUAAUGACCAAAGUCCAGAAGAAAGGAGAGCGGCUGAAGGUAGUUCGACCUCCUCUGGCCCUCGACAGGACGUACUGCAUAGCGCUGAAAGAUGGCUGUUCAUUUGUUCUUGUGGAGGUAGGUGAGCUUCGGAGCGCCAUGAAUGUCUACAUAUUUGCAGCCAGCACGUCAGAGAGCUGCUCCACAUGGGUCUCCACCAUCCACCAGGCCAAGGAAACACUGAGGAGCUGGAGAGAGACAGAGCGCAACAGACAACUGGAAAGAUGGAAAAUCCAGCAGCUGGAGGCCAAACGUGUUACAGAAGCUAAGAUGGAAGAUAUGGAGACAGAAGAGGAACCUCUUACACAAUCGGGAAGAGAGACUUUUGUGGAUGAACUUACUGAGGAAUUUAUAAUCCCCAGAUCAAUAAAUGGGAUGCUGGCAUCUAAAGAAGCAGAGGAACAGUAUCAACCUCCAGAUGAUGUGGCCAGGAUCAACACUGAAGUAUCUUUUUAUCACUCCCAGCCCAACUACAAUAAUCAGACAUUAAUGCGUAAGAGCUUUGCUGGUCAGCGACAAGCAGUCAAAGGAUAUGAAUGGAUAGAAAUGGGAGUGAGAAGACAACAACUUGACAUCCGUUCAGAGGAAGAAGAGACAAUGGUUGAAUCUCUAAGGACAAAGGAGCAAAGGGGAAGGGUGACCUGGAACCACAGGGUGCAGUCUGCCCCUAAUCUGGAUCAUUUCACUCUCAGUGCUGCAGCGGAUCCAUUCAAAUACAACACAACCAGGCCACACACUCUCUUAGUAGGUGGAUAUCCAGAUAUUGACUACCCAAUGGAUGAAGAUAGUAGUUCACAACCUCCUUACCAAAACACAAUAUUCAGGGAGGGGCCUGAGUUUUUAAGAUCACCGAGUGAAGAUGGAACAUCAACGACAACAGACUCAGAUUCCCAGUCUGUAAACCUGGACACUAGGAGAAAUUCCAGCCACAGCCAGCCUGGAGAUAUGCAGACACCACCAGAGGCUUGGAGUUUCUCCAAAAAUUUGAAGUCACCUGGGUUACGAAGGAGGAGGCCAAUCAGUGCCCAUCAGGGCUCCUCCACUCAGACGUAUAGGCAGUUCUUCCAGGGCUCAGGACCGGAUUGGCCUGCUUCUUCCUCGAACUCUGACUACAAUCCAAACACCAAGAGAAACACUUUUCCUUCCACUCGAAGCUCAAGCUCACACCGGGUGUUAAAGCUGGGCUCCCUGAAGCCAAAUCAAGAGAUGUUUUGGAACAUGCAAGAUAGAGACUCUCCAGACCCCCAAACAUUAUCUGAAUCUGAGCUGCCUGACCUUAACUUCUAUAACAAAAUGAAAUCCCAAAGGAGUGCCUCCAUUCCUAACAUCGUCAUUGAAGGAGGCCAUGGACUUCAGCUGCACUCCAGCAGUCUGUACACAUUACCCCAAGCACAGGAUCCACAAUUCCCCAUCGCAGGACAUAAUCCCAAUGGUCACGCCUCACCUCUGGAGGGUCUUUUGGAGAGAGCCAAAGUGAGGGACAGAGAUGGAUUCAACAGAGACAGAAAUGUGAAAGUAACCAAUCUGAGGUCAAGGUUUCCUCCUCCUUCCCCCUUGUUUUCCACCACACCAUCACCAGCGCCCAGUGACGGAGAAAGAGGCGCAGAGUGGGAGGAGGAGGUGGCGCUAAUGAGACACAGAGCUCUCACAGUGAGUAAAGGGUGGAAGGAGCAGCUGGUGGAUGGAGAUGGAGAUGAAGAUGAGAAGAGGGACGGUGUCGUCUUUGUGGACGGUGUAAAUGUGGACUGGUCAGGGUGGUGCUUUGAUGAUGAUGAAGUCUUGGAUCAUUUACACCCUGAAGUCGAGGGGCUUUUGGAGGGCAUCAGCCGAUCUUUGGUCUUUUGUAAUCUGCAGGGACUUUCAGAGCAAGACGAUGGGGAGUGCAGUCAGGUAUAGCUCUGAGGCUGUGCUACAGAGCUCUGUUGUCACUGAGUGACUGCAAAUGGACUGAAUGAUGCAAACUCAAAGUUCAAUCUGUGAUUGUGAACUACAGAGGGUCAAAGUAACAAGUCUGCUUUUUUAUGAAAAGCUGAAGCGCACAAAAGUGGAAAAGGACCUUUGCAAACAGAAUAAACAAAUGUCUGCAUUCUUCAGUCAGGAUUUAUGGUCAAUAAUAUCUGUAAUGAAUGUAAAAUAAUGGAAUAUAUUUUUAGAAUAAUACAUAAACAUGUGGUUACUGUUUUGUGUAAAUAUGAUGAAACAUUAUUUUUAUAAAUUUCUGUAUCUAUUAUUUAUAUAUUUUUCCCUCUCAUUGACCUGAGAGUUUCCGUUUGUAUAUAAUGUGAUAAAUAAAACCAGCUUUAUUUCUGA